AUGACAAAAGAGACCACACCACCGCCUCAACAAUCCACAGCUCCCACCCACGAACCUCCCUCUCUCCCCGCCUCUCCCCUCGCCAAACGAACAAAACCCGACUCCAACAACACAGCCAACACCAACAAGAUGACCACCGGCACAGCACCCGCCGUCACCUCCAUCUCUCAGCCCCUUCCUCCUCUCCUCGUCAAGAAGCUCACCGAGUCCGCACAAGCACCCACCCGCGGGUCCGCCUUCGCCGCAGGCUACGACCUCUACAGCGCGAAGGAGACUGUCAUCCCGGCCAAGGGUAAAGCCCUGGUUGACACAGGGCUUGCGAUUGCCGUGCCUGAGGGGACAUACGGCCGCGUUGCCCCCCGGAGUGGUCUUGCCUCGAAGCACUUCAUCGAUACCGGGGCGGGCGUCAUUGACGCUGAUUACCGGGGUGAAGUGAAGGUUCUGUUGUUUAAUUUCUCGGAUGUGGAUUUUACGGUUAAAUUGGGGGAUCGGAUUGCGCAGCUUGUGCUUGAACGGAUCUACACGCCCGAGGUGAUGGUUGUCGAGGAGCUGGAGGAGAGUGUCCGUGGGGCGGGCGGAUUCGGAAGCACGGGUCUUUAA